UUGCACUCGUCAAGAAAGGAACUCAGCUGUGAAAGAAUUUGAUGCGAGAUAGAUCGGAAUCGCAAACAAGAUUGAAAGAGUGUAUAUGUGGACCAUUUCUUUGAUUGUAAGAUGGGGAUGCUAUCUACUUGGAUUUCUCUAAUAGCCCUGCUUGGUUUAAUACAAGUCAAAGGAAUUAUAUCAUUGGAUUUAAAAAGCUGUAAUGCAAGCAAGUUGAUAGAAGAAGGUAAAGAAUUGGGUAUUCGUGGAAAUUUGAUACCAGACGAAAGCUUCUAUGCUUCAUCCGUUUCUGACGCCAGUCAUGGGCCUCAACGAGGAAGACUAGAUCAAAGAGCGUCAGGAGGACAAGGUUCAAGCUGGUGUUCACAGCAAGCCAACAGUAUGCAGUGGCUAGCAGUUGAUCUAGUCUAUACAGCCAUAGUCACUGGUAUUGCAACUCAAGGCCAAAACGACCCCGACUCCUUAGGUGCUAAUCCCAAUUACACCCAAAGCUGGGUCACUAAGUUUACGUUAGAGUACAGCAAUGACAAUGAUUCGUACUUUUCACUCGAGUACAAGACCGAAAAACCAUUGGUUUUUAAUGGCAACACAGAUGGCAAUAGUAUUGUUUGUCAUGAGCUGCCCUAUGAAAUUACCGCGAGAUAUUUGCGCUUUCGGCCAAAGGAAUGGAAUGCCAAUACGAUUUGUCUGAGGAUUGGCGUUUUCGGAAACAGUCUAGGAGCAAAUGCAACUCUCCUUGGUGACCCAACUGAAGAAGCAACGGGUGAUCCUGGGCAUGAAGCCAUGUGGUGGUGGCCGUUCUUUUGGGUUCUUUUGGCUGUUAUCUUGACGGUUCUUAUACUAGGACUUCUUUUCUAUUGGUGCAUUGUACGCAAGAGGACCUACAGUCAAGAGAAGUACAUCAAAAUAAAGCCGGCUAAAGCUCCAAUUCAGAGACGCCAGCAAAAAAGCUACGUGAAUGAGGCGUACGAUAUGGCUGUGGUAACUAAGUCUGGAGCUACUACGCCAGAGACCGUUGAAGAACUUGACGGGGAUGAGAUUCAAGAAGUCACAGCUGAGUUCACAGCAAAUGAGCAAGAGAACAAGAAUGGUAUUGUUGGAUUUUCUGUUACUGAUGAUAACGACAAACCCGACGGCGAGGAAGAGGUUGCCAAUGGUGACGUGAAUUGGGAAAAAUACAGGAAGAAAGCUCUACAAAGGCCGGAACACACCUAUGUCAAUGUUAAGGACAUCAAUAACGAAAUAUAAGUUUCUCCAUUUCCUGAAUAAUCUGGCUUUUAAGUCAAAAAUGUUAGUCGAACGAUACACGUGCCUACAACAUUGCGAGAACUUAUUUUAUUACUGUUAGCCAUUCUGAGGUUGAGGGGGAAACUGGGUCGAGUUGGCAUUACAGUGCAUUGUGGGCCUGUUUUAGAGGACAUAUUUCCAAGAUGACGUCUAUUUCUUCCCAAAGAACAGUCCCACAAUGGAGUACAAUGCCAACUAGACCCAGAUUUUUCCUCGACCUCGGAAUCAUGACAAAUAUGCGUGGUAGGCAAAAGUGUACAGUAUUUUUCUACGUUGUACAAGGACCAUGACCUUCUUUUCGUAAUCAUCGCUUGGCCUUCCCAUUAACAUACAAAUUGAAGUUGCAUACCUAUUAGUCAUAACCUUUCUUAUCCACCGCCCCUAAAUAAUAAUAAUAACACUAAAUAGAAUAACAGUAGUCAUGAAAAGGUCCAUCCUACAUGCCGACCUCACAAGUUCUAAUAAAUAAAUUUUGGACUUUUAAGUAAAAGUAUAAUCGACCUAUGAUUAAAAGUAAGUCCAGCAAAGAAUUUCGGGAUAAAAAACCAGGGCUGUCCUGCCAGAAUAGAUAAUUAACUAAAGAAACGUUUUUAGUAACGAUUUCGUUUCAAUUUUUUUAAAUGUUUCUGCGACCAAACAGUUAGUGAGAAAUUCCUAAGGAAUUUCGUAGGAAUAUUAAUUUCCAUCCUUAAUAUCAUUUAAUGUGUUACUGUUACAGAGAUUGACGUCCAUUGCUCAAUCGUUAAAUAGAGUGAAGGCAUUUAAAGUGUAAAACAAAAAAACACUAGUCAACGUGUACUAGUUAAAUAGACACAAAAGAACACAAUGGGAUUAGGGUCUACGAAAGUGUAUUAGUCUAAUAAACCGUUUUCUCAAGGUUGCGUGCGCAUCCAAAUUUAAGGAACUUGACGGGCCAAGAUACCAGAACACGAGAAUUAUCAUGCAUUGCUAUAAACAUUUUUCGAUAAGA